GCACAGUGCGGGAUGGGUCGCGCCGGCCCGGGAGGCGGGGCAUGGAGCAGGUGUGGAGUCCGUCGGCUUCUGCUCGCUGACUGGGGCACUCGGUGCCGGUGCGCUUGAGUCUCUGGCCGUGGCCUACCUCCGCCCUCACCCCUCCGGGGCGCAGGUGAGGAGCCCUGGGCUUCCCGAUGACUGCCUGGGUCAUCCUCCCCGUCAGCCUGUCCGCCUUCUCCAUCGCCGGCAUAUGGAUCGUAUAUGCCAUGGCUGUUAUGAAUCACCAUGUUUGUCCUGUGGAAAACUGGUUAUAUAACGAGUCUUGCUCUGAGGAAACUUCAAAGCAUGGCUAUCCAAAAAGUUGCUGUACUAUUCAGGAUAUCCCGCUUGUCAGUAAAUGUGGUUCAUAUCCUCCUGAAAGCUGCCUCUUCAGUUUAAUUGGCAAUGUGGGUGCCUUUAUGGUGAUCUUGAUCUGUGGUCUACGUUACGGUCAAAUUUUAGAGAAGUGCCGUCCAACAUGGAUCAACUCUGGGGCACUGAUUGCUGGUUGCAUUAAUGCAAUUGGCCUUGUCAUGGUUGGAAACUUCCAAGUUGACCAUGCUAAAAGCCUACAUUAUAUCGGUGCAGGAGUGGCCUUUCCGGCGGGCAUGGUCUUUGUCUGCCUACACUGCAUCCUGACGUAUAAGGUUGCGGUAUCACUUCUAGAUCACUGGACAGGCCACAUCAGGGUUAUCCUCACCAUACUGGCCUUAAUAUCUCUCGUCCUCAGUGGUAUAUUUUUUAUUAAUGAAAGCUCUCUGUUGCAACAUGCUGCUGCUGUGUGCGAGUGGAUUUUUACAGUUGACGUCCUGGUUUUCUAUGGAACCUUCUCCUUUGAGUUCGGUUCAAUCACCAAAGAGACAGUGCUGGCUAUCCUGAGGAGUGGACGCAGCAAGAGCUCCAAAUCCCUGAGCAGCAGUGCGCCGGCACACCUAAAUAAUAACCCAGAGAGCAUUGCUAUGAUUUAACCUGCUCUGUUACUAGGCAGUCACUGUGAGGAGGUCUUGGAUGCUGAACGUUAGGGGCAAGUGGCAGGCUCGGCUCUACUUGGUCACCAGAAGUCAAGAUUUGACCCUUUGUAUCACAGCAACUUUGUAUCUUGGGGCAAGUCUGCAAUUUAAUUUAAUACACCAGUGGCACGGACUCCUCAGAUCACAUUUUCAAACAGCUAGUUAUUCAUUAACCUGAACUAAACAGGCCACUGGCAUUUCACAGAACAGCAGCCUUGGAUUAAUGCAGUGUCACAGAAGAUUGGGAGUGACAUCACAGGUCUUGUGCAGCUUAUUUUUUUGUCAAGUGAUCCUUAAUUUUAAGAUGAGUACUUUUGGAUAUACAGUUUUCAAAUUCACUCAGGCCACUUCUUUUUUUUUGUAAAGUGUUUAAUUUUAACCUAUCUAACCUAGAAAGUAGAGAGUUUGGGUCAAAUUCUGUGGAACCUAUACUAAAAGGAAUCGGCCAUGCUCUGUCUAAUAUUCAAUAUUCUUUCAACAAAGAAACCAUUAAGUACCUUUAUCAACCUUUUGCCAUUUGUCAAGGAAGUGGAGGCUGUUUUUUUUAAUGUGGUCCUUAUUUGCUUCUGUGGGGUUACUUUCUUUGCAGGAAGAUCAAAAGGAGAGAAAUUUGUCUUGGCCCUAAACUGGAAGUGUAAUUGUGGAGGGAAAUAUUGGAUGGGUAAAAAGUUGCCGGGAUAGGGUUUGGGGUAAUAUGCUCAUGCAUGUUGCGUAACAAAUUCUAACUGAUAAUAUUACAAAAGCUCUUGAUAACCUGAUUAUUGGAAAUUGGUAGAGAGAUUGUCCCUGAUCAAUGCCUUGCAUUACAGGGUGAUACCCUCCACACCCUUAAAAAACAAAAGCUAAAAGUGAAAGCAGGUGCUAUUCCUUUCCCCCCCACCCCGCCCUCCCCGGGACAAGUAAAUGAUUUCUAUGGUUGGCAUAACAGCAAGUGUUCAGGGACCUGGAUAAGCCAAUGUUUCAGGAAGCAUUCUGCUCUCUGUCAUUUAACAAGGAAGGAAAUGCUGGUUUUUGGUUGGUCCUCAUUUGCUUCUGUGAGGUUACUACCUUUGCAAAAAAGUCAAAAGGAGAGAAAUGUGGCUUGGUACUAAACUGGCAGCUCAAUUGCAGAGGGAUUGAUAUUAGGUGUGAUAUUAGGUGGGUAGAAAAACAUGGCUGGAGCUGGUGUUGGGGUUUAUUUGCUCAUGCCCAUUUUGUGUUACCAUUCCAGACAAAUUCUAACUGAUAAUAUACAACAGCUCUUGAUCUGAUUGGUGUCUGAAUCCAUCCUAAAACAAAUCAGUGCCCUGUCAUGAGGAAAUGGUGGAUUAGGCACUAAUUUGAACCUAUAAAACCUUAAGACGUAGGAGCAGAAUUAGGCCAUUUGGCCCACUGAGUCUGCAUUGCUAUUUCAUCAUGGCUGAUUUAUUAGCCCUCUCAACCCCAUUCUCCUGCGUUUUCCCCAUAACCUUGGACACCCUUACUAAUCAAGAAACUAUCAACCUCCACUUUAAAUAUAUUCAAUGAGCUCCACAGCCGUCUGUGGUAAUGAAUUCCACAGAUUUACCAGACUUUGCCUAAAGAAGUUCCUCCUCAUCUAUGUUCUAAAGGGACGUUUGAGAUUGUGCCCUCUUUUCUUAGACUCUCACACUAUUUGCAACAUCCUCAUCAUAUUCAUUCAAUCUGUGCCUCUCAAUACGAAUGGAAUAUCCCCCCCCCCACUCUUAUUCUUGUAAAUUCCAACAAGUAUAGGCCCACAGCCAUCACACACCACAUACAUUAACCCUUUUGUUCCUGGGAUCAUUCUCGUGAACUUCCUCUGGACCCUCUCAGAUGCCAGCACAUCCUUUCUUAGAUAAGGGACCCAAAACUGCUCACAAUCUUCCUAGUGCAAUUUGAUCAAUGCCUUAUGAAGCUUCAGCAUUCUAGUCCCAAGUAAGGGGAAAUCAUGUGGCAUUAUGGAAUUGAUGCUGUUGAUACAUCAUGCCAGUGGCUUUGAACUCAUCACUACCAGAUACAAAUUCUGUUGCCUUUGACAGCUGAUAAAGAUUCUCAGUAAACCAUGUAGGUAGCCUGAGCAUUGUUGCUUAGGAAUGAUUCCACUAUACAGAACUUCUCUAACACUAAUACAUUUUCACCAAAAUGUCCUUGAAGCAAGUGAAACCAGAGAGUAAUUGAGGCUGAGUUAUCAAUAUCACCAAGGAGUUAAGAAUGGUUGAGGGGUGUGGAAUACAGAUCUUAGCACAGAAACAGUAGACAUUGACCUUGAGAUUAAGAUUUUAGAGAAAUAAACACCCAGGUCAUUAGAGGUGGAUGGUGGGAUAAUUGGUAUGACUGACAAGGUAUAAAGUCAUCCCAUACUGUUCAUCCCACCACCUAUUUCUAAUGGCUGUGAUUUAAUGUUUGAGCUUUUACUUAGGCCAAUGAAAUCUUGUCGCUGUUUUUCUUGCAGUUAUAUACACUGGGAGGGGUUUUGUAGAAAGUAUUUAUAUUGGGAUCACAGCAAAAGGGUGGCGGAGUGGAGAUGUGUCUCUACCAAAGGAGGUGUAAGGCGCUCCUUUCCUCCACUAGCCUGCAGGUCACCCUUGGGCAAGGUAUAGCACCUGCUUAGCACCCCAACCCCCAACCAUCAGGGUCACGUGAAGCUGUGGGUGGAUGGUUGUGUGAGUAGCUAGUGCAUAUCACAAGUCCACUGACAGCAGGGAGACAUUUUCUGAAGAGUAUUGAUAAUGGCUGGGGUCACCCAUUUUGUAAAGACACUGCCCAGAAGACAGCAAGGGCAAACCACUUCUGUAGAAAAAUUUACCAAGACCAGCCAUGGUCAUAGAUAGAGAAAAGAAGUCCAUUGAAGGGGGUGAAAAAGCAGGUGGAAGACCAUGAUCACCCAUGUCCUACGACACGGCAGGUAAAGAUGAGAUGAGAGAUUUUGAAAUCAACUCAGUGAAAGGAGACAGGAAUCACUGGAUUCCUUCACAAAUAUGUUGUACCACUUGGUCAGUGGCCAUGUCACAUCCAUUGUACAGCAGAAGUCAAUAACAUUUGCAGACUCUCCGCACCCUUCCAAUGAGUUAUCUCACUGAUCCGUAAGGUAACUGGCUGCCUGAUUCUCUCUCUCUCUCGCUAUGUAUUUAAUAGCAGACAGAUUUGUUAAAAGUUAGAAACUCAGGGAAAAACACAACAAAAUUGAAUGGCACGUGGAUUGAGUUUGCUAAUUCAUGUUUUGACUUUUGGGCAGACAUUAUAUUUUCUUGACAGGGCUGUUUCCUUGUAAAUAUUAUCGCUAAAUUAAUUGAGGUUUUUUUCUUUAGCUACCUACUUUGUUGGAAUUGGCACGGUUCCUUGUUUGAGAGCUGCAUCUAAAAUUUUUAUUGUGACAGGAAGGAGAGUACCCGAUGCUUUCUGUGAAUGUGGUCAUUACUCAGUGCUUGGCUUAAUACACAAGGGAAGAUCUCAGCAAGGAAGGAAUUUCUGAAAUAUUAACAAUUUCAUCGAUUAUGAACCUUCCAACCGAAUGCUAUGCCCUUUUAUAAAUUCAGUCUCCAGUAAGCUGACUUCUUCCCUUCACUCUCUCUCUCUCCUCCCUUCCACUAGUGUGCUUGGAAAUUAGUUUCUCAAAGCUCACCCAAAUGACAUUCUCCCCAGGCAAAGAAGGUUUUCUGUGGGGCCAUGGUGCGGCAAAGCUGAGCUCACUCCAUAUCUCAGUACAGUCACAAGGCCAGUUCAAAACAGAAGCUUGAGGAAAGGGAAAAUGCCAAGGAGGCUCAUCCUUCACAGUGUUUGAAUGCCUGAAUGAGUAUCCAGAGCCUGGGCAAAUGAUCUGAUCUGGAGCCAAGAACAAAUCCUGCCAUGGUAGCUAGGGAGACUUAAUUCUAUUUACCAGGUAAAUAAAUGAACUUCAUCUACUGGAUUAUUGUUAAAAAUCCACCUGACUAAAUUGUGACCUUCAAAAAAUCUAUUGUACAUACCUGGUGU